AUGUCCGCAACACGUAUGCCGGAUCCUCCUUCCGACAGUAUCAUCAACCUUACCAUCGCCGACCUCGCCAUUUAUGCAGUUCUCCUUUUCCCGGUCAUCCGGAUCACCUGGAAGCAUGGAAAGUCUGGCAUGGUUUGUUGGCCGAUUUUCCUAUCCUUCUUCGCACUCCGAUUUGUCUCCGAUGCCUACCUGAUUGCGAAUCGUCACAAGCCUCAGAUCCCCAACCCGGUUGUGAUCAUGACCAAUGCUGGUAGCAUUGCCUGCAUGUCUUUGACAAUUGUUGGUGUCAUCUAUGAAGUAAACAUCAUGCUCCCACUUCCUCCAAAACGCUGGACCGAAAAAAUAAUACUUGCUGUCACUCAUCUUGCUUUGACUGCCGGCAUAGGCUUGGCUACGUAUGGAGGAUCACCUAAGGAAGGAGCGCCGGGCGGAGUCGUGUCGAAACAUCUUAACCAGAUUGGGACCUGUUUAAUGUUGUUCGUCAUGCUGUUUGGCGUUGGCUGGUGGCUCUGGCGGACCGGAAAAAAGGUUAUGUCUCUCAAGACACAUCCAAACUUCCAGCUAGCAAGAAAUUUACUUCUAGCCGGCUGCGCAGCGUUCCCAUUCCAACUGGUCAGGCUUGGUCACAGUCUCACCUACUCAUUCACUCCGUACCCCAGCUUGGACCCUAUUUCCGGUUCAUUUGCUACUAGGCUGGUACUCAUGUUUGGAAUGCAAUUGAUUGUGGCCUUGGUAGUUACUGCUGGUGGUUGGCUGAGUAUUGGUGCUACGCCUAACUCCGCCUUAGGCGAGGAGAGUCAGGGAUCCGGAACAGUCACACAGCCUUGGGUUUAA